CCGGGCUUCUGAGAGCGGAGGGCGGUGGCAGCGCUGGCGCUAGGGACCGGCUCGGUGGCUUCGGGAAGCAGUUCGGCGACGGCGGCCGCUCGCGUUCCUCCGCAUCCCGGCCUCGGCACGGCUCGCAGCCCCUUUGCCACCGGCGUCCGGCAAUGUGUCCCACCGGCCAGGCGUAGCAGCUGCGCGUGCGCGGAACCACGGGGCCAUGAGCGAAGCCGGCGGCGGCCGGGGGUUUGGGUCCUCGGUCCCCCAGCGAGCGCCAUGGAGCCUGGUGGCGGCGACGGCCGCGUUCUGCCUGGUGUCGGCCACGUCCGUGUGGACGGCGGGGGCCUCGCCUAUGAGUAGGGAGGAGAAACAGAAGCUUGGGAAUCAAGUACUGGAAAUGUUUGAUCAUGCUUAUGGUAACUACAUGGAACAUGCGUACCCAGCUGAUGAACUCAUGCCUUUGACCUGCAGAGGUCGAGUUAGAGGCCAAGAGCCAAGUCGGGGUGAUGUUGAUGAUGCCUUGGGAAAAUUUUCCCUGACACUGAUUGAUUCUUUGGACACUCUUGUGGUAUUAAAUAAAACUAAAGAAUUUGAAGAUGCGGUGAGAAAAGUUUUAAGAGAUGUUAAUUUAGAUAAUGAUGUAGUUGUAUCAGUCUUUGAGACAAACAUCAGAGUUCUUGGGGGUCUUUUGGGUGGACACUCAUUGGCCAUCAUGCUGAAAGAAAAAGGCGAGUACAUGCAGUGGUACAGUGAUGAACUUCUCCAAAUGGCAAAGCAAUUGGGUUACAAACUUUUACCAGCUUUCAAUACUACCAGUGGCCUUCCUUAUCCAAGAAUUAAUUUAAAGUUUGGUAUCAGAAAACCGGAAGCUCGGACAGGAACUGAAACAGAUACCUGUACAGCUUGUGCAGGUACCUUGAUCCUUGAGUUUGCUGCUUUAAGUCGAUUCACAGGAGCAACGAUAUUUGAGGAAUAUGCAAGAAAAGCUCUUGAUUUUCUCUGGGAGAAAAGACAGCGAAGUAGUAAUUUAGUGGGCGUGACUAUAAAUAUUCAUACUGGAGAUUGGGUACGAAAAGAUAGUGGAGUUGGAGCAGGGAUUGAUUCAUAUUAUGAAUAUCUGUUGAAAGCCUAUGUCUUGCUUGGAGAUGACAGCUUUCUGGAAAGAUUUAAUACACACUAUGAUGCCAUAAUGAGGUACAUAAGCCAGCCACCUCUUCUACUUGAUGUGCAUAUCCACAAGCCAAUGCUGAAUGCUCGGACUUGGAUGGAUGCUUUGCUUGCCUUUUUUCCAGGUUUGCAGGUCUUAAAGGGGGAUAUUAGACCUGCUAUUGAAACUCAUGAAAUGUUAUAUCAGGUGAUUAAAAAACACAAUUUUCUACCAGAGGCAUUUACCACAGAUUUCAGGGUGCAUUGGGCUCAACAUCCUUUAAGGCCAGAAUUUGCAGAAAGUACCUACUUCUUGUAUAAAGCUACAGGAGAUCCUUACUACCUUGAAGUAGGGAAAACACUUAUUGAAAAUUUAAAUAAAUAUGCUAGAGUGCCUUGCGGAUUUGCUGCCAUGAAGGAUGUUCGUACUGGAAGUCAUGAGGACAGAAUGGAUUCCUUCUUCUUGGCCGAAAUGUUUAAAUAUCUUUACCUGUUAUUUGCGGAUAAAGAAGACGUUAUUUUUGACAUAGAAGAUUACAUUUUUACAACAGAAGCUCAUCUGUUACCUCUUUGGCUCUCUACUACAAAUCAAAGACUCUCUAAGAAGAACACAACUUCAGAAUAUACGGAACUGGAUGACAGUAAUUUUGAUUGGACUUGUCCAAACACUCAGAUUCUCUUCCCUAAUGACCCACUGUAUGCUCAGAGCAUUCGUGAACCCUUGAAAAAUGUGGUGGACAAGAGCUGUCCCCGAGGCAUCAUCAGAGUCAGAGAGGAGAGUUUCAGGAGUGGAGCUAAACCCCCUCUGAGAGCCAGAGAUUUCAUGGCCACUAACCCUGAGCAUUUAGAAAUCUUGAAGAAGAUGGGGGUGAGUUUGAUUCACCUCAAAGAUGGAAGAGUCCAGUUGGUUCAACAUGCAAUCCAAGCUGCUAGUCCAAUUGACGCAGAAGAUGGGUUGAGGUUUAUGCAGGAGAUGAUUGAAUUGUCAAGUCAACAACAAAAAGAACAGCAGCUACCUCCACGAGCUGUACAAAUUGUUUCUCACCCAUUUUUCGGCCGGGUAGUAUUAACUGCUGGUCCAGCUCAGUUUGGGCUAGAUCUGUCUAAACAUAAAGAGACAAGAGGAUUUGUUGCAAGCAGUAAACCGUACAAUGGUUGUUCAGAGCUUACUAACCCUGAGGCAGUGAUGGGAAAGAUUGCUUUGAUACAAAGAGGACAGUGCAUGUUUGCAGAAAAGGCACGCAACAUCCAGAAUGCUGGAGCCAUUGGUGGCAUUGUUAUUGACGACAAUGAGGGGAGCAGCAGUGAUACUGCCCCUCUGUUCCAGAUGGCAGGUGAUGGAAAGGACACAGAUGACAUCACGAUCCCCAUGCUGUUCUUAUUCAGUAAAGAAGGAAGUAUCAUAUUGGAUGCCAUCCGGGAAUAUGAGGAGGUAGAGGUGCUCCUUUCUGACAAAGCAAAAGAUCGAGCAGCAAUAUUAAAAGGUAAAAUGAUUCCGAGCUACAUUAUUAAUAGUAAUCCUGAGAUGGAAAAUGAAGAACAACCAUCCUCUGAAAAUGAUUCUCAGAAUCAGAGUGCUGAACAGAUUGCAUCAAGUUCUCAGGAGGUUGAUUUGGUUGAUCAGGAGUCUCCUGAGGAAAGUUCUCUAAACUCUCACCCAGAAUCUUUGUCUCCAGCAGAUACAGACAAUGCUGCAAGCAUUUCUCCUUCUGAACAGAAUUCUAAUCCCACGGAAAACCAUGAGACUACAAGUCUUGAUGGUGAAUGUACAGAUUUAGAUAACCAACUUCAAGAACAAUCAGAAACUGAGGAGGAUUCCAAUCCUAAUGUUAGCUGGGGUAAAAAGGUCCAACCUAUAGACUCCAUAUUAGCAGACUGGAAUGAAGAUAUAGAAGCAUUUGAAAUGAUGGAGAAGGAUGAGCUCUGACUCACUAAAGUCUACCUGGUGGUAGGUAUUUCAAAAGAAAAGGUAAACUGUGGAUAAUAGAUACCCUGAUACUAAGCAGGCUCUCUCAUGGGAGGCUCUAAGUAUGGUGAUGAACAACCACGUUCUGACUGGGAGAGUUAGUUAUCAUAGGAAUCUGGAACAUGCUGUGUUAGAACUGACCUUGUUUAUAACUGUCCCAUCAAAAAUGCAAACUCACAGUUUCCCCCUCAGGUGACAGCAUUGCACCACCCUGCUGCAUCUCAGGCCAGGAAAAGAUUAUUGGGCAUUUCUAGGAACCAGAUUUCUGCACUCUCUAGACGGUAGAUAAGAAACAAAUGCAGUUAACUGUGAGGUGGGGAAUACGAAUUUGUACAGCUUUCUAAUUGAAGGAAGCUCUCGGUUUUCUUGGUUUUGGGGUUAGAGGCCCUUUGGGGAAAACACAUAGGAGUAUUUUGGGCAUUCUGGUUAUGCUGCCUUCACAGAAACACUCAAAAGUGACCUAAGUGGUUAUGAAGCAAAUACAUUUAUGGUGAAAACAGUCUUUGCUCAUCAUUUUCACUUGCUUCAUUGUGUAACAUGAUCAAGAUGACUUGAUUUUUUUUCCCCCUCUUUAACAGUGUCCUUUUCAUUUAAACCAAAGGUGAAGCCAGUGUACUUUCUCAGUGAGUUCUCUGCAUAAAGACUAAUCAUUGGGACCAGGUAAAAAGGUCAUAUAUCGUGGAAAUUGGUUACUUAAUACUUUUGAAAAAUGGAGCAAGGGAGAAACUAUAAUGUUGCAAUAUGAACUUGCCAUUGGGCCUUCCGUAAGGAAAGCUGUGACUACUCUGAAAUGGAACUUAAAGUUAUAUCUUUGUAGGGUAAAUUAUAAAUCUUUUCCAGUUCAUUUCGUUGGAGGUGAUUACCUCUAGCCAUCAGCCUUACUCCAUCCCAUGUUUAGAAUGCAUUUUGAGCCACAAGGCCUGUGUUGCCAAUAGCUGAAUACAUUUUGUUCCAUUUUUCUAUCUUAGGGAGCCAUGAUAAAACUGUGGUAGUGAUCUAAAAAUUCUGGAGUAACUACUAUUUUUCCUCCUUUGAAACUAGUUUCUAAAGUUGCACCUAAGGAGUCUGUCACAUUUUCUGUUGAAUCAUGGUUUUUAAGUUUGCUUUUUUUUUAAACAAAUAUUCCUUCUGAUAUGGACUUGAAAAUUAGUCUAUGGUAACCUGUGUAAAAAACACAGUAGCAACUAACAUAUAGCCAUAUAGCUUACUGAGAAUUUUUUCCCCUUUGUGUGAGUGUGUGUGUGUGUGUGUGUGUGUGUGUGUGUGUGUGUGGCAGUCUGCUGCUGGCCACAUUUAAGUUUUAAAAACUUUGUUGUUGAUAUCUGUAGACAACCCUGUAAUUGAAAUCAUGGCUUUACUCAUUUUAUUUAUUUUUUUAAACUUACCUGACUCAGUUCUAAAGGAAUAUUUGAGACUUAAUUUCUUUUUUCUGUACCAUGACAUUACAUAACAACCCUUUUUCUUAAAACACAGUUUUUGAGGUACUGAUGAACUUAAACUGUAUAUGGAGCUGUUAAAAGAACAGCAGUGCUGUAUUGUAGUUAUGUAUAUUCAUGUACAGUAUGUCUUAGAUCCCAGGUAAACUGUUAUUUUAUAAGGGGAGAAAUAGCUGCUUUCAAAAAUUCCAGCUAAACUUAAUUGGGUCAGUGAGUAAUAAAUCUAAUAGAGAAUUCACUUUGAGGGGGGAAAAAAGAGUAGUAUACAAGACCUUUAUUGGCCCUUAAUUAAACCUGACACCAAAAUGGAUAUUUUUUAGUCUCUCUGCAUGUGAAAUUUGGUGUAAGAAGAUAGAACUAUAAUACAUAUAGUAUACAGAAGGAUAGACAUAGUGCUUUGUUCAUCUUAGUUGCAAAGCUGCCAAAAUAGCUGAAGCUUAAUUACUUGACUUGCCUUGAUUUAUAGGACUGGGGCUUGGAGAAAAGGAGCAGAUGUUCCUUUAAGACUUGGAUUACAGAAGCCUUAUAUACAUUGAUUUGAUUUUUUUUGUAUCUCAGAGCCAUUGUUGUCUAAAUCUAAAUUGUCUAAGUUAUCAAAGCAACAUAAUUUUAUUUCCAGCAGAGAUCUUGUGGCAUACAAGGAAAAGCCAGCUUACUGCCACUUACCCUUUCUUUGGCCAUUAGGGGGAGUUGUUGCCAUUCAUUGUGGUUUAGCAGCAAAUUGCUGGCUUGUUUAGAAAAAUGAAUCCUUAAAAAAAAAGAAACAAAAGGAAAAAAAUUUAACAAAUUAUACUUAAUACCCAGAAGGAAUUAUACAUGAUUUUUCCCUAGCUAGGAAAAGAAGGUAUAGUGUUCAGCUUCAAAACUCCAACAUUGUCAUUGACUCUCCAUUCUUAAUUGACAUACUGCCACAAAGUUGUUUUUUAUUUAAUUAAAAAAUUUCAACAUCAUUAGGCAUUUUUUAAAAUGUUUUGUUUUAAAAUCUUUAUAGCAUUUUAUUUACUUCCUAAAGAUUCAGGGGAUUCUAUGUAACCCUGAAUUUUAGAAACAUCUGGUCUACCUCAGUUAGAUGUUGACUGCAUAGAGAUAGAGCUGAAGUGAUCACCACAGCCAUAAAAUUGAUUGACUAAGAAGGAUUUAUACAAUGUUUACAAACCUGGAAUCAAGUAAGGAUUUUAUCUGAAAGUUAAAAGUUAGAUAUUAGAGAAAGUAUUUAAUUCAGGUAUUUUCAAGUUUUAAAACUUCACUUGUUUACCUACUAAAAAUAGUUAUAGUUUUUUCUGCUUAGGAAGGUCCAUUAAAAUGAUAUAACCUAAUUUGCAGUGCUUUUCCCAUAAAGUUUUAGAUGUGAAAGAAUUGUAAUUUACCAGAUAUGUUUGGGAUGGGAUAUUUUGUUGGGUAGGUUUUCUUUUUUCUUUUUAACUUUUAAUAGGCUUCCAACAAGAAUACAAUUGUUUCAGAACAAUUUUUUUUUAACAUUAUACUUUUCCCUUUUUCUUCACAGUGUUUGUUAGAGGGUAAAAUAAAAAAUUGUGCACUCUGUGAUUUUAACUUCUCUAAUAUGCUCUCUUGAGAUUUUAUUAAUUUAAAUUACCAUCAUCUCACAGCCCUUAUAACAGUAAAACCAGCAUUUGUUCCCUCACCAAACUCCAUGCCAAAUUCAUCAUAAAGAAAGCUCAGCGUCAGUAAUUCAAAUAGUGCUUAUAAUUGUAGAGGCGGGGGUGGGGGCAUUUAAUAAAUAUUCCAACCGGUCGUUUUAUGCACAAGGCUUCAGUCAGAACAUAGAAAAAAAAAAAAAACAUUCUGUGAAUGAAAUAUUGUAUGUUCAGAUUUUAUAAAAGACAUUUUUAAAAGCCCAA